AUGUCCAAGCCUGCAUUUAAAGUUGCCGAUUUAUCGUUGGCGGAAUGGGGACGGAAGGAAAUCACGCUGGCGGAACACGAGAUGCCAGGGCUCAUGGCAAUCAGGAAGAAAUAUGGUCCUGAGAAGAUUUUGAAAGGCGCACGGAUUGCCGGCUGUUUGCACAUGACGGUGCAAACCGCGGUUCUUAUCGAAACGCUUGUUGAACUCGGGGCUGAGGUCCAGUGGUCGUCGUGUAAUAUAUUCAGCACGCAAGAUCAUGCAGCCGCAGCUAUCGCGAAAACUGGAGUUCCGGUGUACGCUUGGAAAGGAGAGACCGACGAGGAAUACCUCUGGUGUAUACAGCAAACGCUAGUAUUUAAGGAUGACAAGCCAUUGAACCUGAUUCUCGAUGACGGUGGUGACUUAACUAACUUGGUACAUAAUAAAUUCCCGGAGUACCUCAAAGAAUGCCGAGGCCUCUCCGAAGAAACUACAACCGGUGUUCAUAACUUAUAUCGCAUGAUGAAAGAGGGUACCUUAAAGGUACCAGCGAUAAACGUAAACGAUUCGGUAACGAAGAGUAAGUUUGAUAAUUUAUACGGAUGUAGAGAGUCGUUAAUCGAUGGUAUCAAGCGAGCAACAGAUGUCAUGAUUGCUGGGAAGGUCUGCGUGGUCGCUGGAUACGGGGAUGUAGGAAAAGGAUGCGCUCAGAGUCUCAGAGCACUUGGGGGGCGCGUGAUAAUCACUGAGAUCGAUCCUAUUAAUGCGUUACAAGCUGCCAUGGAAGGAUACGAGGUGACGACAAUGGAAGAAGCAUCAGUCAAGGGACAGAUAUACGUCACUACCACGGGUUGCAAAGAUAUUAUAUUGGGACCACAUUUUCUUAAUAUGCCGGAGGACGCUAUCGUCUGUAACAUCGGUCAUUUCGACUGUGAAAUCGACGUUGCCUGGCUGGAGAAGAAUGCUGUUGAGAAAGUUAACAUUAAACCGCAAGUGGACAGAUACACAUUGAAGAAUAACAGACACAUUAUCCUGCUUGCGGAGGGUCGUUUAGUUAACCUUGGCUGCGCUACGGGACACUCCAGCUUCGUUAUGAGCAAUUCGUUUACAAAUCAAGUCUUGGCGCAGAUAGAGUUAUGGACAAAGUCUGGGUCGUAUCCGAUAGGGGUUCACAUGCUACCGAAGAAAUUGGACGAGGAAGUCGCUGCGUUACAUUUAGGUCACCUCGGCGUGAAACUGACCAAGUUGACGGAGGAGCAAUCUAAAUAUCUUGGCGUACCCGUGGAAGGACCUUACAAAGCUGAUCAUUAUCGAUAUUAAUUUGUAAUUAGUUUGUUAAUAAUUCGAUGGCUUCUACGUACUUGGUUUCUUUUUUUGUACCAUGAACGCAACAUAGUUGCGACAGUGCAUAAUCAUAGAUUGUCUUUUCAUUUGUUGUUCAACUGUUUCUGACGUUGCAUACAACUUGGCGAUAUAUCAGGAAGAACAGAGACUGGAUAUUUGUACCCUUUUCAACACUUUGAGUGUUAUUUUAAAUAGGAUUUAUAUUGUACAUGAAUAAAUUUUGUACAGAUGGCA